AUGGUCCAUCACGGCGUCAAGGAGCUCCAGCCUCCUGUGGAAGUAGAGACGCCAUCUAUCUCGAGAAGGUGUGCGCCAAGCGUAUACAUUGGGUCCGUGAUUUCUGUAUUUGAUGCUUCGGGCCCGAGAUUUGAUCAGAUACGUUUUUUCCUUCCAUCAUGGCAUGCCGCAGGAUGUCGUGUGGGUGCUCCUCGCAUUCGUGGCUGCGCUCGCGUAUGCUGUUACUACUCUGACAGCGAAAUCCAAUCGAAAGAACGAUGGGAUUAUCUCAAAUCCUACACAGAAUUCAAGGUCCACUCUUUCCAACCCGAACCAGCCUCAUCUCAAUCCCUCGCUCCGGCAAGAAGCCACACGUGCCUGAGCCCAUACCGCCCAAAGUUCGUCUGCGUCCCUUGCCGACGAGUAUUCAAGCUAUCGAUGCUCGAGGGCAACGAGUACGCAGCUUGGGACUCUGAGGACCGUCCAGGAUGGUGGUACACCCCAACCCCUGCGAACGGGCUCAAGGAGACCGACCCCGUUGCCUGCUGGACGCCCUUAGGAAACUCUCGAUGUCCGCGCUGUGCGGCAGAUGGAAUACUUGUUGGAGGGAAAUUUCAAGCACCUAAGCAAGACGAUGAAAAAGGGUGGAGAAGGGUGGAGGUGCUUCUGGAGCAGGGCGAAACAUUCACCUAUUGCAUGUCACGCGAAGAAGAGGAGGAAAUUAUGCAGGAUGCAAAGCUCGAGAUGAAGCGAGUGGAGGGGCGAGAAUCUUGGCAGAUAGAGAAGCAACGUAGAAUUGAAGCGUUACGAUACAUGGGCAAAGUAUAA